AUGAUUAAACAACAGCAACCACAACAACUUAAGGCACAAAGCACCCAGGUCCCUCAGACCAUUACAUACGCCAUAUAUGCAUAUAAUUCAAAGACGGCAGAACAAACGCAAAGGUUGAAAUAUGGAGAUUUGGAGAUAGUAUUGAAAAAUGAACAUUUCGAAUUCGUUUGCAAAGGUGGUGCAGUGAUAUCAAAUAUAAAAGAAAUUUUAUUUAUGAAUUCUAAAAUUAAAGGUAUAACGGAUGAUAUAACAUCAAUUCCACCAGAAGAACAGAGAUAUUACGCAUUAAAUGCAUUUCCUAAAGUUUUGAAGAUUGGAAGAUUUAAUUUAAAUGAGGAAUUCAUAGAAGGUUUCCUAAAUGAAUUAAUGAAGAAAGCUGAUAAGGAAUACGUUAAUGAAAAAGAUAAUGAAAUUAAUGGAAAGGUUGAAUGGUAUCAUGAAUGGACAUCAAAGAUUUUAAAAACUAAAGCUGAUACAGGAUGGGUUUCAGGAUGUUUAGACCUUAAAGCAGAUAAAACUUAUGUUGAUGAUGAAUUAAUGAAGAAAGCAGAUAAAACUUAUGUUAAUACUGAAUUAAAUAAGAAAGCAGAUAAGAACCAUACACAUAACUCCUUCUCAACUGUUGCUAUAGAAAGUAUUGAAGGAACGGUUGAAGGAACUGAUGGGGAUGCAUUAUAUUGUAAACCUCCUAACUUUCCACAAGGUUUAACAUCGAAUGAAAACAUAACAACGAUGAAAUACAUUAGAUGUAGAAAUGUUUAUGUCAUGGAUGAUGAAAAUAACGUUAAAUUCACUGCUCAAGAUUUAUAUGAUAAGAAAGCUGACAAAACAGAGCUUCAAACAUUAAAGACGGAAAUUCUUCAAACAUUAUAUCCUGUUGGUUCUAUUUAUACGUCAAUGAACUCAACAAAUCCAGAAACAGUUUUAGGUUUUGGUAUGUGGAAGCAGAUUGUAGACAAAUUCUUAUACUGUGCUAGAUAUUCAAAGCAAACAGGAGGUUCGAAGAAAAUUAAAGAAGCAAACCUUCCACCGCACACUCAUACAGGAACGACAAACACAACAGGUAAUCAUUCACAUUCAAUAACAAAAAGAGGUUAUACAAAUCUUGCAGCGGGUUCGGAUAGACAGGGAAUGAAUAGAUAUGAUAUCACAACUGACCCAGUAGAUUCAAGCACAGGUAUUUUCUGUGGAACCGCAGGUAAUCAUUCACACACUUUCACAACAAAUCCAACAGGCUCGGGUAAAGAUUACAUGCCACCAUUUGUGACUGUAUUCGCAUGGUACCGGGUUAAUUAA